CCAAUCACUUCCAGAACCGAACAACCUCUGCUUGCGCUCUUAUGUGAGAUCUUUGCGCUUACGAACUUCGGAAGAAGAAUCUAUGAAUGUGCGCUCGAGCCUACACCUCCUAACUCCUCGGGCAUUCCAUUCUCGACGAAGCUUCUGGCAUUGAGUUCCGUAUACGAAGGCUUCCUGAGAUUGGAAUGUGAUAUUCUGUUUUGGAUGUGCGAUGUCUCUCUUAAGCAGGCUGUUUUACAGAAGACCACCUGAUGGUUUGCUUGAAUUUGUUGAGAGGGUUUAUGUUUUUGAUUCAUGCUUCUCAACUGAGGUUUUAUCUGAUGGAAUGUAUCAAAUCUACUUGACGGAGAUUGUAACAGAGUUAUAUGAGCUAUAUCCUGAUUCUUCUUUUCUAGCUUUUAAUUUUAGAGAGGGAGAAAAAAGGAGCAAAUUCGCAGAAGUUAUUGCUGAGUAUGAUGUUACUGUUAUUGAUUACCCACGACAGUACGAGGGAUGCCCUCUUCUUCCUUUAUCUCUUGUCCAUCAUUUCCUUCGAGUCUGUGAUAGUUGGCUUUCUAAUGAACAUAAUCAAAAUGUUGUACUACUACAUUGUGAGAGAGGAGGUUGGCCACUCUUAGCAUUUCUCUUGGCAAGCUUUCUUAUUUUUAGAAAUUUGCAUCAUGGAGAGCAGCGCACUCUUCAAGUUGUCCAUCGUGAAGCCCCUAAAGGUCUUCUACAGCUUCUAUCUCCUCUAAAUCCCUUACCUUCUCAGCUUCGUUAUUUGCAGUAUAUAGCUCGGAGGAAUAUAUCUCCUGAGUGGCCUCCUGCUGAGCGGAUACUUUCUUUGGAUUGUCUCAUUCUUCGUUCCAUUCCUAGCUUUGAUUCAGGCAAGGGGUGUAGACCUUUGGUUCGCAUUUUUGGCCAAAAUCUACAUAACCAAAAUUAUAUUGAAAAGAACAUGUUAUUUUCAACAUCCAAGAAGAAGAAAUCAUUACGAUACUACCACCAGGAAGAUUGUGGAGUUAUUAAAAUUGACAUCCAGUGCUUAGUCCAGAGUGACAUUGUGUUGGAAUGUGUUCACUUGAACUUAGAUCCAGAAAGGGAGGUCAUGAUGUUUCGUGUCAUGUUUAAUACUGCUUUCAUUAGGUCAAACAUUUUGAUGUUGAACUGUGAAGACAUUGAUAUUCUAUGGGAUUCAAAGGGAAGAUAUCCUAAACGUUUUCGAGCAGAGGUUUUGUUUGGUGAAGUGGACAAUGUCUCUUCUCCGAUGACCCCGACUCCAACUUUGAAUGGCGAGACAAUAGGUGGAUUACCUAUUGAAGCAUUUUCUAUGGUUCAGGAUCUUUUUGAUGGCAUGGAUUGGGCAGAUAGCAAUGAAGAUGCUGCGUUUUGGUUGCUCAAACAAAUAUCUGCUAAUGCUUUGCAUGAAAAAAUUGAAAAUCUAAUGCUGACUGAUGCAAGGGAGUGGUCUCGACAUCACAGUAAAGCAACUGAGCAAAUGUUGUUUGCCUCGCCUUCAGAUUCUGAGGAAGAGAAGGACUCUAUAACUUCAGAUUCUGUAGCUUCAGGGGAUCAAGAAAAGGUUCAGCAUGGAGCAGUGAUUAACACUCAGUUUGAGAGUCUACCUGAUGAACCUAAAUGUCAAUAUCUUGACCUGGCUGGUUCCAUGCUAGAAAUGUCUGCUACACCUAUAAAUAUACCCACACCAUCAUCACCACUACUAUUACCAACACCAUUGUUGCCAGCACCAUCACCACCACCACCGCCACCACCACCAUCGCCACCACUAUCUCCACCACCAUCUGCACCACUUCCACUUGGAAAACCUCUAGGACUAUCAAUUUUGGUUAAUUCUGAAAGUGCUCCACCGCCACCGCCACCACCACCACCACCGCCUCUAAUCUCUAGUGGGAAUUCUCCACCACCCCCACCUCCCCCACCUCCUCCUCCAAUGUUAAGUAGGGGUCCACCUCUAAACCACUCUCCUCCUCCAUUGUCCAAUAGAGGUCCACCUCCGCCUCCACCUCCUCCCCCUCCUACAAUGUCUAGUAGGAGUCCACCUCCACCUCCACCUCUACCUCCACCUCCUUCUGCUAUGUCUACCAAGGUUCCACUUCCAUCACCUCUAACAUCUCUGCCAGGGCCAAUAUAUCUCCCAUCGAUGUUGGUUAGAGGACCGUCACCACUCCCGCCACCCCCGGCACCUCCGGCACCUCCGGCACCUCCGGUUACUUCAAUUAGCAAAAGUCGUCCCCCACCGCCACCCCGACUUCCCCCUCCGAAUUAUGUUCAUACUAGUUCUAUGGCUACUCAUCAGACGCCAUCACCACCUCCUCCACCUGCUUCAAUUUCAGUACAAAAAAUCUCUACACUCCCACCUGUACCUCCAUUAUCUGGACGUAAUGCCCCAAUUCCUCCACCGCCUCCACAGUUAUCCAAACAACCGAACAAUGUUCUUUCACCGCUACCCUUAGUUGGUGGAAAUCAGGAAGUUCCUGGUACACAUCAGGUUUCUGGUGUAAAACUUUCUAGAAUACCGACAUCGCUCCCAUCUGCUGGAAGUGGAAAAGCAGUUGGGCCUGGUUCAAUGAGAGGCCAUGCAUCAACCACCAAUCAACAGAAGAAAGCUUCAUUAAAACCGCUGCAUUGGGUGAAAGUUACUCGAGCCAUGCAAGGAAGUUUAUGGGCUGAUUCUCAUAUAUCUGAAGACCAAUCAAAGGCUCCCGAAAUUGAUAUUUCCGAGUUGGAAAGUCUUUUCUCUACUGUGGUUGAUGAUGUUCGUGGUAUGGAUAAAGGUGUAGCUCGACGUGGAAACACUAAUAAACCAGAGAUCGUUCACUUGGUUGAUAUGCGUAGAGCAAAUAAUUGCGAAAUCAUGCUGACAAAAAUUAAGAUGCCACUUCCUAAGAUGAUAAAUGCUGUUUUAGCUUUGGAUACUACGGCUUUGGAUAUUGAUCAAGUUGAAAAUCUCAUCAAGUUUUGUCCAACCAAAGAAGAAAUGGAAAUGCUCAAGAACUACUCUGGAAACAAAGAAAUGCUGGGAAAGUGUGAGCAGUUCUUUCUUGAGCUCAUGAAGGUUCCCCGAGUAGAAUCCAAGUUGAGGGUAUUUUCCUUUAGAAUUGCCUUUUCCACACAGGUGAAUGAGCUGCGGUCUAAUCUGAAUAUCAUUAAUGAUGCCUCCACCGAGGUAAAAAGUUCUGCCAAAUUACGACAAAUUAUGCAGACUAUUCUUACGUUAGGAAAUGCUUUGAAUCAAGGCACAGCAAGAGGUUCUGCUGUGGGUUUUAGGCUGGACAGCCUUCUGAAAUUGUCCGAUACUCGUGCAAGGAAUAACAAAUCGACUUUAAUGCAUUAUUUAUGCAAGCUUCUUGCUGAAAAAAUGCCCGAGUUGCUAGACUUUUAUAAAGACUUGAUUCAUUUGGAAGCGGCAUCUAAGAUUCAAUUAAAGAUGGUAGCUGAAGAAAUGCAGGCUGUGAGUAAAGGUCUUGAAAAGGUUGAGCUAGAACUCUCCGCUUCAGAAAAUGAUGGAGAAAUCUCCAUUGGUUUCCGCAAGGCCUUAAAGAGUUUUCUUGAUACUGCAGAAGCGGAUGUUAGGUCGCUUAUAUCAUUGUAUAGUGAAGUGGGGAGAAGUGCAGAUUCAUUGGCACAAUAUUUCGGAGAGGAUCCUGCACGUUGUCCUUUUGAGCAAGUUACUUCAAUUUUGGUAAUCUUUGUCAAUAUGUUCAAUAAAUCUCAUGAAGACAACAUUCGGAAUGCUGAGGCCGAGAAGAAAAAACUAGAGAUUUCUGUCAUGAAAGAAAAAGCAAAUAGUUCUGUCAAAUGAGAUUUUGAUGAUGCCAUGAUUUAGUCUUCCGAGCAAUAAUUCUUCAUAUUGCAAGUUUGAGUGGAGGUAUAUAGUAGUACGACAUGAACUGGUGAGGCUAUCAGUCAGAUGCGCCGGAAAUAACAUCUCAUUUUGCCUUCUUUGUGAUUCGCGGAUCUUGAUUCCACUGCACCACCGCUAUAUCUUUCCACCGGCGUGAUGAUAUGAUUCAUUCAAAAAUUGCUGUGCAUUUCGUACUGGUCAUACUGUAUUGUAUAAUAUAAAAAAUUUGAGAUCAUUUUGCUAUUUAUUUCCAGGUUUAUUAGAUGGUAGUUCAUGCACAUAAUGCAUUCACCAAAGAUUUAUAGUUCCUGUAUAUAAUUCCAUAGAAGUAUGACCUGUUUAUGGGCCGUUGUAAUUCA